AUGGAGAAUGUGCGUGAUCGCGUCGAUGUAAAAUUGUUAACAAAAUGGGAAGGCAAAUACGGUGCCGAAGCAAUGAUCGCGAAACCCAACUUUCACAGUCGUAGCGUUUUCUCGGAGAAUCUGGUCGCGAUAGAACUGCGUAAGCUCGAGGUGAAAUUCGACAAACCGAUGUGGUUUCAUCACGAAUAUAUGGCACCGCUGUUUCACGAUAAAUGUAAAAUUAUGUAUACCGAUACUGAUAGCCUCAUAUACCAUGUAGAGUGUGACGACGUAUAUGAAAUUAUAAAACGCGAUAUCGAUAAAUUUGAUACGAGCGAUUACUCUGUCGACAAUCCAUAUAGCAUUCCGCUCGCGAAUAAAAAAGUUCCAGGUCUUAUGAAAGACGAGAACAACGGUGCCAUCAUGACUGGAUUCGUCGGGCUUAGAGCGAAAAUGUAUGCUUUACGUGUACAAGGAAAGAAGGAUACGAAAAAGGCAAAGGGUGUCAAAAGUAACGUUGUGGCAAAAUCCAUAACUUUUGAUGAUUACACGCGAUGCUUAAACGAUGCUAUUGAAAUGACGCGCAGACAAUCGUGCAUCAGAUCGAAAUUGCACGAGGUGUAUAAGAUAUCGGAAACAAAAAUCACUCUGAGUCCACACGAUGAUAAGCGGGUAUAUCGUAUCAGGUUCUACCGACACGCUCCCAUGGGGACAUUACCGGUGUAA